AUGUCGUCGUCGCAGCCACCAGCAGACGGCAACAUGCCGAAUAUGGCGGAGGAAGGCGUCAUCCCCGCGUCCUUCUUCGAUAUGCCUAUUGAAUACGGCAGCGGUAAUGAUCAGGUGGACUUUGGUUCACUAUCGGCCUUCGCCACGACAGACGCUGCCAUGCCUAGUGCGUCCGACUUUGAUGCGCUGACUGCACAGCUUGCUGCAAGUAUACCGUCACUUUCUGCAGCGACGUAUCCGCCAGCGUCAGACCCCCCACCGCAGCCAUUCGUGCCCGCGGCAUCCGUCAAGAUGGAAUCGGAUGAACCGAGCGCCGCCGCGACCUCCUCUUCCACACCUGUUGCAGCAUCUACACCCAAGUCCACCGCACAAAAGGCGAAGAAGCCUGCGAAGCCAAAGGCGGACGGCUCCGAAGCAAAGCCUAAGAAGUCGAAGAAGAAGCCUGCUGCCGAUGCGGAUGCUGGCCCCAGCGCUACCUCAGCACAGGCAUCCAAAGAUACGGCGGCAUCACCCGCACCCAAGCCGAAGAAAGCCAGCAAGAAGAAGCCAGCUGACAAAGAAAAGGGCAAGGAAACAGCGCCGUCCGCUACUGCGUCGCCUGCACCAUUUGCGACGCCUGCCUCGCCCUCGAAAGAUCCUAAACCCAAGUCGAAAAAGGCCGCAGGGUCGAAAGCCGGUGGGAAAGCAGCUAGCAAAGCGCGGUCCACCACGGCGAGGUCGGCAUCGCGAAUGUCUUCGAUCGGCAGAGACGCAGCAACACCGGCAGCCACGUCGCGCAUGGGCAGUCAGCGGCCGCAGGACGAAGCCAACGACGACGAAGAGCCGGCGCCUAAUCGACCAGCACCACAGGAGGAAGAGGAGGCGGAAGACGAAGAGGUCGAGGCGGACGACGGCGUCGAGGAGCUCGGCAAGGACCACUUUUCCACUCAGGAGGCCAUCUAUGCUGCACAGCAGCGCAACAUGGGUCUCUUGUCGAUGGUGAUGGAUGAAGACCAGCUGGACCGACACAUGGCUUCGCGUCGAGGAGCGCUCAACAAGACCAGCGUUCGAAAGCUCGUCAACCACGUCCUGUCGCAGUCGGUCUCGCAACACGUGGCGAUGGUUGUCUCUGGUGUAGCCAAGAUCUUUGUCGGUGAGAUUAUCGAAAAGGCGCGAGAAAUCCAAUCGGCUCGAGGAGAGCAAGGCCCACUCCGACCGAACCAUCUCCGCGAAGCCCACCGGCAGUACUAUCUCAAACGCGAACGACCGGGUCACUAUCCACCGGGUACCACCACUGGGUUUGCUGGCGUGGGCAAGAGGAGACGCAUGUUUUGA